AACUGGAACAUUGACUUUAAGAAUUUCAAUGACAAGCUUAAAAGUGUUCUUUUCGUGUUCCGUUCGUUUACGCCCCAUUGUUAGCUUCCCUGCAAAGGAAAGAAAUUCGAUGGCGAUUUGAAGGCAAUGACUUCAUCGCGCAAUCCUGGAGUACAUAGACCUCCGAAACACCCAUCUUUUUUUUUUCUUCUGCUUCGCUCAAGCUACAGACAUCUGAAACUCUCAUCUUUCUCCACCACUCUGCUCAACCACAGACCUUCGAAACUCCCACUUCUCCUCCUAUGCUCCGGCUGGACCACAAACCUCCGAAACUCCCAUCUUCUUCCACCUCCAAAUUGGGAAGGCUACGUCUUCAUCACGUGACAUCCGAGAUUCCCAUCUUUCUUUUCCUUCACUCCACUCGACCUAAUUUUGAAGGCAACAACUUCAUUGCGGUUUUACAACAUCCAAAACUCUCAUUUUUAUCCUCCUCCGCUCCCCACCGCUCCUACCCGAAAUCAUUGGACCUCGUUUAAAUUUUGAUUUAUCUGGUUCACCACUCACGCUGGGUUUCCUCUACUUCAUGGGGCUGGACUUGAAGGGUCUAGUAUUUAUCUAGGAAUACUGAAGGAUGGAACUCAAAUAGCAAUAAAAUCACUUUCUGCUGAAUACCAAUCUUGUUCGAUUGAUUCAUCCCUAUUCUUGUUGUUUCUUUGAUGUAAUUUCAAAGAAGUUGAUAAGUUCCAUCCUAGAAUAGUUUUUUCACUCUGAUAUGCGUCUAAGACAGUUGUAAGCCUACACUCAAUUUCUUCAUUAGACAUAUGAAGCUACUUCUUACUAAGCUCUGUUAAUGGUAAAAUUUUGGAUAGAAAUCAAUUAGUUGGGGCAAUUUCUGCUUCGAUAGUACUGCAACAAAACAUGAGAUUAUGGAUCUAUGCAACAAUUCAUUGGAUCCUUCAGAAGCUCCAGCAUGGAUUCAAAACUUGAAAAUCUCAUCAAUUUGUAUACAACCAGGAAGAUACCAUGGCCUUGUCCCACAGAAACUCUUCAGCUUACCAAUGCUGCAGAAAGUAACAACUCCUAAUGGAACUCCAGAUAUGGGAAGCAACAUUAGCAACCAAUUACAAAUUGAUUUGCAAGAAUUACGAGGGCUACCUUCCUCAAUGGCUUUGGGAAGAAACGGAACUGAAGUAGAAAGAAGAAACUUUCGGAGAUUUUUGUGCACCAUAAUCCGGUCAUUGUCUUUCCUAGCUACCAUUAGUCAUGACUGCAUCACAGAGGUUUCGGUGAUGAGAGGGUGAAGGGGAAGGAAGGAGAUGGUUGCAGGAGAAGCUAUGCCAUGAUCUCAUCUAUAUAAACGAGAGAUUAUUAUGUCCGUCGCAGGGACGCCGAGCUUCGUCCGGGCGAUCGGCCAUGAUACAGCGGAAGUCCUUCGUUGUAUCACGGCCGUCGCAUAUUUACUUACGUCAUACACACACAGCUCCGUGUGCGUACUUCGAUUAUUUAGGGGUAUUGGAAGGUUAUGUCGCUGUUAUUGGGGUUAAUACCCCCAAUAACCACACAAAACCCCCUAAUGACAGCAGAAAAUAUGAGCACGAACUGUGGAAGGUAUUUAUAGGUUAUUGGGAAGUUAUUGAGAUGUUAUUGAGGUUAAUACCCUCAAUAAUCUCUCAAUAACUCCCAAUAACUGAGUUAUUGGAAUAUGCACUCAGAACUACAUAUGACGAAUAUCAAUAGCUCUCCUGUAUAUGGCAGGAUCAAGUCGUUGCCUUCCCAACUCAUCCUAAAAUCAAUGCGAAUUUCAUUUCCCACGCAUGGAUUGAUGAAGACAAACAUAGGCUGGAGACAGAGUUCAGUUUCGGUAAAAUGAGAAGUUUACUGUUCCUUUGUGAUGAUACUAAUGUUUCGGGUUCUAUGUUUAUGUAAUUUCUUAAGUUUUGGUGUUCCAAGUAUGUAAAAUCCCUAGAUUAUUUGAACUUGCCUUUUUCCGGUUUUAGAACGUAUAGGUACAAUGCAUCAUGUAUUUGCCCCAACUGAACAUGAUGGAGGACCUGACUAGAGGAAAGUAGCCAAUUUUGGUAAAAAAAAAAAAGUAAUCAAAACAAACAAAGUUUAAUUUUACUAUUGUUAAUUAAACCAAAAGGUUAGUGAGAAGUCAGAAAUGGGUAAUAUCAAGACCAUAAAGCAAAACCGAACAAGUAUAAUCUAAAGGUGAUAUUUCAUGCGUUUGAUAACCAGAAAGAGGCAUUGAUGAAUAGCAACCAAGCUACAAAUUCAAGGAUUUUCAUGCAGAAGAAAAGCAACAAAGACCAACCAUGGUAACUAUAGUUUUUGGGAGAAGGAAAAAAUAAUUAUUCAUUUCAUUUUCGUAAGAAAUAUUUAUAUGAUAAGUAUAAGAGGA